AUGGCCCGCCUUGAUCUUCUGAGCAAGUUCAAGGCUAAGACUGUGGACCAGUCGGCAGCCGCCCAAGAUGACGCUCCCAGGUUUGAGCAUGUUAUCUGGUACAAGGACCCGGGUCUGAGGAAGCUUUACUUUUAUGCCGGUGUUCUCUGUAUUGCUUCUGCAACCAACGGAUAUGAUGGGUCUUUCUUCAACGCUGUCCAAAAUUUCGAAACCUGGCAGUCAUAUUUUGACCGCCCUAGCGGUUCAUUCCUGGGUCUUCUAGUUGCUCUUUACACAAUUGCUUCCCUGCCCUUUCCUGGCGGAUCGAUUGGCCGCAAGCCCCCCAUUAUCUUGGGAUGUUGCUUCAUGAUUGCCGGGGCUGUAAUUCAGGGAGCUGCCACCAGCAUCGGUAUCUUCACCGGUGGGCGUAUCCUCCUUGGUUUCGGCGUGUCUUUCACCCAGCUCUGCUCUCCCACGCUUCUGACCGAGGUCUGCCACCCCCAGCAUCGUGGACGUCUCACCACUGUCUACAACUGCCUGUGGAAUGUCGGUGCUUUGAUUGUCUCCUGGCUCUCCUUCGGCACAAACUACAUCAGCAACGACUGGUCCUGGCGAGUCCCCGCCAUCCUACAAGCAUUCCCCUCCGUCAUCCAGCUCAUGUUCAUCUGGUGGGUUCCCGAGUCCCCCCGCUUCCUCAUCGCCCACUACAAGUUCGACGAGGCGCUCGACAUCUUCGCCAAGUACCACGGCAACGGCGACCGCAACCACCCCACCGUCCAGUUCGAGUUCCGCGAGGCCCGCGACACCAUCAAGAUGGAGCUCCAGAACAAGAAGACGACCAGCUACCUGGACUUCUUCAGGACCCCCGGAAACCGCUACCGCCUCAUCACCCUCAUCUCCAUCGGCUUCUUCUCCCAGUGGUCUGGAAACGCCAUCAUCUCCAACUACACCAACCUCCUCUACGAGGGCGUCGGCAUCAAGAGCUCCACCACCAAGCUCGGUCUCUCCGCCGGAACCACCUCCAUCGCCCUCAUCAUCUCCGUCACCAUGGCCCUCCUGGUCGACAAGAUCGGCCGCCGCCCCAUCUUUAUCCUCGCCACGGCGGGGAUGUUCCUCACCUUCAUCUUCUGGACCCUCUCCUCCGCCCUCUACGAGGAGCGCCGCUCCCCGGGGGCCAACCACGCCAUGAUCUUCUUCAUCUGGCUCUUCAACAUCUUCUACUCCACCGCCUGGGUAGGGCUCGUCAUCGGCUACUCCCUCGAGAUCCUCCCCUACAAGCUCCGCGCAAAGGGCCUGCCUGCGUCAAGGGCCGCCCUCGCCCUCAACAACUACGCCAACCCCGUCGCCUUCGAGGCGUUUGCGGGCCACAACUGGAAGCUCUACCUCAUCUACACUUGCUGGAUCGGGUUCGAGCUCGCCUUUGUAUACUUUCUCUACGUCGAGACCAAGGGUCCCACCCUGGAGGAGCUCGCGAGGGUGUUUGAUGGCGACGACGCCCAAGUCGCCGAGUUGAACUUGGAGCAGGUCGAGAAGGAGGCCGAGAUCUUGGCUGCUCAUGACGAGGCAGUACCUAAUCAGAAAAGGGCCUAA